GACUGCAACCUCCUCACCGUUGUUCACCACGUUGUCCACGACGUUUCUCUUCACCUCGCAUGGUUCACCGACCAACGGACUCGCGGCUACUAGUUAACCUUCUGACCCACGAGAAGGAAUACUUGAAACAACUUUCAAACCUUCUCGACCAAUCGCAAACCUCACUAGCCUCCUUCUCCGCAUAUGCAGCGGCGUCUGCCCCACCUGCUUCUCAGAUAAUUAUUUCAGUAGCUGGAGCAUUUGCAGGAGCCGAUGAGGCAUUGCGGAAGUAUGCAUAUGCUGUGGAACAAUGGCAAAUGCAGCUCAAGCAACUAAAGGAGAUGGAGGCUGAGGUCGCGAAUAUAAUGCGUGAUCGGGAAAUUCUAGUUACACGGCUCAUCAAGGCUUCGAAGAGCCAGAAGUCGACGCGCGACAAUAUCCUUGCGUCAUCUUCAACGUCUACGCUCAGUGUGAAACCUGAAGUCCAAAUUGGCUCGAAAUUGUCUGCUGCGCAGACCGAACUGCAAGCAUGUGAAGCACAUUUGGCGGUUAAGGAACGUGAGUUGGACGAAACGAGGACGUCCACGAUUCAAACAGGUCUCCAACUGCGUUGCAAAGCUAUGGUCGAAUGUGGCUGGACAUGGGGUGAAAUGGGAAAGGAGGGUCUAAGGGCGUUGGAUAUGUUUGAUCUAUCCCAGCAACCCAAUGGUCAUGCUUAUUUGCUUGCAGGCGUUCCCCACGCUUAUUCCAAACCUCUUCCGAGUACCUCUCAUGGUCACGGCUCUGACGAUUCAUCUCUAGCACCUUCUCAGUCUGCCUCAAAUAUUCCAUCUUUCGAUUUUCACCGACCAACUUCUCCGAAACCACUUCCCAAUCCCAACGAUUAUACGCUACAGAUUCCACCAGCACACUCUAUAUCUGAGUUUGCACUGCCAAAUGGCCAUCGUCCUGUUCCAUUCGAUGAAGGUCCCGGUAGUAGCGCUGAAGAGGAUGAAAACAUGGAGAACUUGGAGGUUCAUGAGAAUCCUAAGUUUGCGCCAAAAGGCAAAGCGCAGACGCAGGGUCGCGCUCGCUCCGUCUCUGAUGUUCAGCCCACUCGACAUGUUAACUUCCAGUCUUCUUCGCGUUCGGAUUCGCACAUUACGAAGUCAUCUAGAGACAGGGAAGCAGAACAAAUUCCAACCAGAGGUUCGCAGAAACGCGGUUCAACUGGUGUCUUUGGAAGUAUAGCAGCCUUGUUCCAUGUCAGGGUCUCCAGCAACAACGACUCAGAUGCGUCCUCGCACAAAUGGCACACUCGGACUAAGAAAAAUCUUGCCAAAUCGAAACGAAAUGAUGAUAGCUCAGACGAUGAGCCCACUAGUUACAAUAUUGCAGAGUCGUCACUUGCGGGACCUUCAGAUCGUUCAGGUCUCUCCAGGUUGAGAAAACGUUCAACAAAGCGUAGCUCGUUGCAAGUGCCGCCGUCGUCUUCGGCUACUCGCUUACAAGAUGUUCCGGAGGAUAGAGGUUGGAUGAGUGAUGGUGCUGCAACUACGAGUCGAGGAAAGAAGAAGGCGAAGGCACCUACUUCCCUACGUAUCACCGAUCUUUCCAAUACUCGCGCUCCCAAAGCCUCUACAUCACCGAAGUCGCCAAAGGCCAAAGCGCCAAACGGAAUUUUGUCAGCGGGUCUGCCCACUGAAGCAUCGCUAUCGAGGAACUCAUCAGUUUCGAAAUAUAGUACUAUGUCUGCACCUGCCAGUGCACCUGGUCAGCAAACGACGAUUCAUCCUGCAUCGGUAUCGAGACGUGCCAGUACAUCCAACGCAAAUAUGUCUACUCCUCGUCGUCGCACCACGUCGCUAGAUGUGAAUGCGCUAAAGAAUCAGAACACAGGUAACGUCUUGUCCGGGCAUGGUUACCCUCCUAUACGUGCUGGUCCACUCAACACACCCGGCAAACCCAGCUCCGCACAGAGAAGUAACGGCGAUCCUGGCAAGUCGUUAAUGAGUAUCGUCGAGGAUGAUCGGAAACAUCCAGAUACAUGGCAGAAGCAACAUGAUCCUAAUCGUCUGCUAUUCCUCCCUAAAGCCCCGCCGCCUGUCACGGAGACUCCUGGCCUAUUAGACUUUGACAAGGCUGACUCAACUGAGCAGAAGGAAGCAGAGAAACCUUUGAAGCCCUCAAAGUCUGAGUCCUCUAUUGCCCCCACGCCAAUGGUGUGGAACCAUCCUUCCCCUCCUCAAGAAAAGCUAAGAGUACCAUUGAGGUCUGCUUUGCGGACCAGUCGAUCUCCUUCCCCUUCUAAACCGCCUCGGGCAAUAUCUCCACCUGUUCCAGGUUCCUCGAAGCUUCGUCCACCCCCAGCCGAUACACGUCGCCGCAGCCGUGAACUGGACGAUACAGCUUCAAUAUCCUCUUACGAGUCCUUCUAUGACGCCGAGAAUGGCAUGCUAGAUAAUAGUCCUUCCUCUACUCCUCAACCUGCCCCACAGCGACCUUCCCUGGCAAUACAAGCUCCGUCGUCGCCCUCGCCUCCACCACGCGACGAUCCGAUACAGACAGCCGUGAGUAGCGAUCUCUCGCAUUCCACGACUUCCCACUCGAGUGAAGGUGGUCAUACCGUUCGAAAAAGUGUCCGAAUGGCUCUGCCACCCACAUUCUCUUCUACACCACCCGCUCUUGAUGACGAUGAUGACACGGAAAGAGCAAGAUACAAACCUUGGUCCUCGGCGCCAGUGGUUCGUCAUCCUACGUCUGAUCAUCGUCAUGUACGAAGUUGGUCUUCGAGGGUGCCAGAUGGUUCGCCGACUAGGGAUGUAUGGGAGGAUUCCAGUGAUGAAGACGAGGAUUAUGGUAGGGCAAAGCAACUUCUUUUCAAGUUUUCGAGGAAAGCGUAGGAGAAUACUAUCCCUUCCACGAUUGUGGUUGUUUUUCCUUCUUGCUUUCCGCGGACAUUUGGUUUUUUUUGGAGUUCACUACAGUAAGCUAUUCAUUACACAGAUACGAUAUGGCUCUUUAUAAUGCUGUACUUCUUAUUGUGUAUGUAUCCGGUUGUUUUCUCGUCUAUAUUCCAGUAGUUAUCGUUUUCUUUCGUUCGUUCAGCGACUUGCAAUAGACGCCGGACCGAGGAAUGACCUUUCGGGCGCUUCUCCUCUCUUGUGGUUCGGGCUUGCGCUUUCAGCACAAAAUACACUCUUGUCUCCCG